CCGCCCCCCGCCCAAGCCCGCGCCGCGCGCCCGUCUGCCCGCACCAUGCUCAAGUGCAUCCCGCUGUGGCGCUGCAACCGGCACGUGGAGUCGGUGGAUAAGCGACACUGCUCGCUGCAGGCCGUGCCCGAGGAGAUCUACCGCUACAGCCGCAGCCUGGAGGAGCUGCUCCUUGACGCCAACCAGCUGCGCGAACUGCCCAAGCCCUUCUUUCGCCUGCUGAAUUUUUUGAACCUGCGCAAGCUGGGCCUGAGCGACAACGAGAUCCAGCGGUUGCCCCCUGAGGUGGCCAACUUUAUGCAGCUGGUGGAGCUGGACGUGUCCCGGAACGACAUUCCCGAGAUCCCCGAGAGCAUCAAGUUUUGCAAGGCCCUGGAGAUUGCGGACUUCAGCGGGAACCCCUUGUCCAGGCUUCCCGAAGGCUUCACUCAGUUGCGUAGCCUGGCGCACCUGGCCCUGAAUGACGUGUCCCUGCAGGCGUUGCCCGGGGACGUGGGCAACCUCGCCAACCUGGUGACCCUGGAGCUCCGGGAGAACCUGCUCAAGUCGCUGCCUGCGUCGCUGUCUUUCCUUGUCAAGCUGGAACAGCUGGAUCUGGGAGGCAAUGAUCUGGAAGUGCUGCCUGACACUCUGGGGGCUCUGCCAAACCUGCGAGAGCUGUGGCUUGACCGGAACCAGCUGUCGGCUCUGCCUCCGGAGCUUGGGAACCUGCGGCGGCUGGUGUGCCUGGAUGUGUCGGAGAACCGGCUGGAGGCGCUACCCGCGGAGCUUGGGGGGCUGGCGCUGCUCACUGACCUGCUGCUGUCCCAAAACCUGCUGCAGCGGCUUCCCGACGGCAUCGGUCAGCUGAAGCAGCUGUCCAUCCUGAAGGCAGACCAGAACCGUCUGUGUGAAGUGACCGAAGCCAUCGGGGACUGUGAGAACCUGUCUGAGCUGAUCCUCACAGAGAACCUGCUGACGGCCCUGCCCCGCUCCCUGGGGAGGCUGGCCAAGCUGACCAACCUCAAUGUGGACCGGAACCGCCUGGAGAUGCUGCCGCCUGAGAUCGGGGGCUGCACAGCGCUCAGUGUCCUCUCCUUGCGGGACAACCGCCUGGCCAUUCUGCCGCCCGAGCUUGCCCACACAGCUGAGCUGCACGUGCUGGAUGUGGCCGGCAACCGGCUGCAGAGUCUGCCGUUUGCACUCACCCACCUCAACCUCAAGGCCCUGUGGCUGGCUGAGAACCAGGCGCAGCCCAUGCUCCGCUUCCAGACUGAGGAUGACGCCCAGACGGGCGAGAAGGUGCUCACCUGCUACCUGCUGCCCCAGCAGCCCCCACCCAGCCUCGAGGACGUGGGGCAGCAAAGCAGCCCUACCGAGAGCUGGAGCGAUGCCCCGCUCAGCCGAGUUAGCGUCAUCAAGUUCCUGGGGGCUCCCCUGGGCGACGAGGAUGCCGAGGAGGCCGCUGCAGAGAAGCGGGGUCUGCAGCGCCGGGCCACACCUCACCCCAGCGAGCUCAGGGUGAUGAAGAGAGGCAUGGCAGAGCGGCGGAGCGAGGCCUCCUGCAGGCCUGACCCCCAGCCUCCCUCGCCCUUGGAGGAGGAGAAGAGGCUGAGCGUGGAGUCGGCCCUGAGCGAGGACUCACACCUGUCCGCUGGCACCACCUCCCAGGGUGAGCCCGAGGGGCUGCUGGCCGAGGUGGAGGGGCUGAGCCAGCAGGAAGCUGCGCCGGCCGCCCAGGACGAGGAUGCAGAGGAGAGCUAUGAAGAGCCCACAGUACGAUUUGCAGAGGACACGCUGCUCCUGCCUCUGGGGGAGGAUGGCGAGAAUGAGGAGGGGCCGCCGGAGGCCCCCUGGGCCCUGCCUGCGGGGAGGCAGCGGCUCAUCCGCAAGGACACGCCUCACUAUAAGAAGCACUUCAAGGUCUCCAAGCUGCCACAACCUGAGGCCGUGGUAGCCCUGCUGCAGGGGACACAGCCAGACAGCCAGGGCUCAGUGGGGCCUGGGGGCUGGCACAAUGGCCCACACACGCCCUGGGCUCCCCGGGCCGAGGACGAGGACGAGGAGGAUGUGGAGGACGCGGAGGAGACCGUGGCAGAGGAGGAUGAGGAGGAGGCAGCCGUGGCCUCUGCGCCCUCCGUUAAGGGGGUGUCGUUUGACCAGGCCAAUAACCUGCUGAUAGAGCCUGCUCGCAUCGAGGAGGAAGAGCUGACGCUUACUAUCGUGCGGCAGACUGGGGGCCUGGGCAUCAGCAUCGCGGGCGGCAAGGGCUCCACCCCCUACAAGGGGGAUGACGAGGGCAUAUUCAUCUCUCGGGUGUCUGAGGAAGGCCCUGCGGCCCGGGCUGGAGUCCGAGUGGGCGACAAACUCCUCGAGGUGAACGGCGUGGCCUUGCAAAACGCCGAGCACCACCAGGCCGUGGAGGCGCUGCGGGGGGCGGGCACCUCUGUGCAGAUGCGGCUGUGGCGGGAGCGCAUGGUGGAGCCCGAGAACGCGGUCACCGUCACGCCCCUGCGACCUGAGGACGACUACAGCCCCCGGGAGCGGCGGUUUGGGGGCCUGCGACUGCCCCUGCCCCAGCCUGAGUCCCCGGGGCCCCUCCGACAGCGCCACGUGGCCUGCCUAGUGCGCAGUGAGAAGGGGCUGGGCUUCAGCAUCGCUGGAGGGAAGGGCUCCACGCCCUACCGGGCUGGCGACGGGGGCAUCUUCAUCUCCCGCAUUGCCGAGGGUGGCGCUGCCCACCGGGCAGGCACUCUGCAGGUCGGCGACCGUGUCCUGUCGAUCAACGGGGUGGAUGUGACCGAGGCCAGGCACGACCACGCUGUGUCCCUGCUGACAGCUGCCGCCCCCACCAUCGCCCUGCUGCUGGAGCGGGAGGCUGGGGGCCCCCUUUCCCCCAGCCCUCCGCCACGUUCGCCCCCACCUCCUUCUGCUGCCAUCACACCCAUGGUCACAGCCAGCCCUGGGGACCCUGGGCCGCUGAGGCUAGCUCCCAGCCUGCUGGCCGCUGCCCUGGAGGGCCCGUACCCUGUGGAGGAGAUCUGCCUGCCAAGAGCCGGGGGCCCCCUGGGACUCAGCAUCGUUGGGGGCUCUGAUCACUCCAGCCACCCAUUUGGAGUCCAGGAGCCUGGUGUGUUCAUCUCCAAGGUGCUCCCGCGGGGCCUGGCUGCCCGCAGUGGCCUUCGGGUCGGGGACCGCAUCCUCGCAGUGAACGGCCAGGACGUGCGAGAGGCCACACACCAGGAGGCGGUCAGUGCCCUGCUCCGUCCCUGCCUAGAGUUGGUCCUGCUGGUGCGGAGGGACCCGCCACCCCCAGGCAUGCGGGAGCUUUGUAUCCAGAAGGCCCCCGGGGAGAAGCUGGGCAUCAGCAUUCGAGGGGGCGCCAAGGGCCACGCGGGGAACCCCUGUGACCCCACCGACGAAGGCAUCUUUAUUUCCAAGGUGAGCCCUGCAGGAGCAGCCGGGCGUGACGGCCGCCUGCGGGUGGGGCUGCGGCUGCUGGAGGUGAACCAGCAGAGCCUGCUCGGCCUCACGCACGGCGAGGCCGUGCAGCUGCUGCGCGGCGCAGGGGACUCCCUGUCCAUGCUUGUCUGCGACGGUUUCGACGCCAGCACCCCCGCCCCCUCCGAGGUGUCCCCGGGCGUCAUUGCCAACCCCUUUGCGGCAGGCAUCGGCCGCCGGAACAGCCUGGAAAGCAUCUCCUCCAUUGACCGGGAGCUGAGCCCCGAGGGCCCUGGCAAGGAGAAGGAGCUGCCGGCACAGAGUGCAUCGUGGGGCCCGGAGGCCGCGAUACCGGCCAGCACAGCUGGAGGAAAGAUGGCUGAGGCCCCUUGCUCCCCGGGCUACCAACAGCCCCGCUCCCCGCCCUCCCCUGAUGAGCUGCCCUCCGAUGUGAAGUGGGCCUACAGGACCUUUGCUGCUGUGCCCGGCCUCCACCCGCCCCAGGACACAACUGCCCAGCCUCCCACGCCCGGGCCCACCGCGUCCCCAGAACAGCUGUCCUUCCGUGAGCGGCAGAAGUACUUUGAGUUGGAGGUGCGGGUACCCCAGGCUGAGGGCCCCCCCAAACGCGUAUCACUGGUGGGUGCUGACGACCUACGAAAGAUGCAGGAAGAGGAAGCCCGAAAGCUGCAACAGAAGAGGGCGCAAAUGCUGCGGGAGGCUGCGGACGCGGGGCUUGCCCUGGAUGGGGAGGCGCCCGAAAACGAGGAGCGAGAGGAAGAGCCGCCCUGGGCCGGCCCGAGCCCUGCCAUGGGGCUAGGCCCCGCGUCGCCUCCGCCCCUGGGAAACAGCGCGCCGGUCCGGACCGCUAAAGCCGAGCGGCGCCAUCAGGAGCGGCUACGCGUGCAGAGCCCCGAGCUGCCUGUGCCUGUGCCGGAGCGAGCCCUGUCCCCUGCCGAGCGCCGUGCCCUGGAGGCGGAGAAACGGGCGCUGUGGAGGGCGGCCAGGAUGAAGUCUCUGGAGCAGGACGCCCUCCGCGCCCAGAUGGUCCUCAGCAAGUCCCAGGAGGGCCGGAGCAAGCGUGGGCCUCUGGAGCGGCUGGCGGAGGCCCCUUCGCCGGCGCCCACCCCGUCACCCACCCCUUUGGAAGACAUCGGCCCCCAGACCAGCACCUCCCCCGGACGCCUGGCCUUGUCUGGGAGGAGGUUCGACUACAGGGUGUUCGCAGCCCUCCCUUCUUCCCGGCCUGUCUAUGACAUGCAGUCCCCGGACUUUGCUGAGGAGCCGAGGUCCUCGGAGCCACCUCCUAGCCCUGGCCUGCAGGAGGAAGAUGGAGAGGUAGCCAUGGUGCUUCUGGGCAGGCCAUCGCCAGACGCCAUGGGCCCAGAGGAGGUGACCCUGUGCAGCAGCCGCCGCCCAAUGCGGCCAGGGCGUCGUGGCCUGGGCCCCGUGCCCUCCUAGAGGGUCGGUGCCUCCCCCGACUGGGGGCGGGGCCCUGCCAGCCCCAACACCACCCUCGCCCCCAGUCUUUUAACCUGGGUGUUAGUAUUUUAAAGAGAUCCCUCAGGAGUUCUGGUCGCUGACUAACUGCCCCCUCCCCAGCCGGGACCCCUUGGCAAGACUGUAACUAGUGACGUUUGUACAACCAAAGACUCUAUUUUGUGGUUUAAGGAGAAUAAAAUUGACUACGUUUUACCUUC